AAGACGUAACCUACCUAAAGCGGGUGCAACGAGUGAAGAAAAGAUGGAGAGUAUAAAAAAGCAUUUCGUUGUGGUGCACGGAGUGUGCCAUGGAGCGUGGUGUUGGUACAAGGUGAAGUCAGCGUUGGAGUCUAAGGGGCACAAGGUGACAGCCCUAGACCUAGCCGCAUGCGGCAUCAACACAAAGCAAAUAGAGCAAGUUGAAACCUUUUCGGAGUAUUCAGAGCCGCUGUUAGAGCUUCUGGCCUCGCUUGCUCCCGAGGAAAAGGUUGUUCUUGUGGGUCAUAGCUUUGGAGGAAUAAGCAUAGCCAUGGCAAUGGACAAGUUUCCCCACAAGGUAGAAUUUGCCGUUUUCGUUUCGGCUUUCAUUCCCGAUACCAUCCACAACCCUUCAUAUGUCUUACAGAAGCACACUGAGAGAUAUGGAAAUAGGGAAUCAGACACUGAGAUAUCAUGGUGUGGAGGCAAAACAUUGAUGAUGCUUGGCCCCAAUACCUUGUCUACCAUGUUCUAUCAACACUCUUCUGCUCAGGAUUUGGAGUUAGCAAAGAGCCUAAUAAGGCGAGGGUCACUGUUUUUUGAAGAAUUGUCAAAGGCAGAAAAUUUAUCCAAGGAGGGAUUUGGGUCGGUUGAGUGUGCUUAUGUUGUGUGUAGCCAUGAUUUGGCAAUUCCAGUGGAAUUUCAGCAAUGGAUGAUCCAAAAUUCUGGGGUUUCUGAGGUGCGACAAAUCAACGGAGCUGAUCAUAUGGUUAUGAUUUCAAAGCCCCAAGAGUUGUCUUCAUGUCUCCUUGUCAUAGCGGAAAAAGCACAACUCAAGAAGAAUAUUUUCUAAAUGAUGCUUCUCUCCGAUCCAUGUAUCACCUUCAUCUUUUAAUGGAAUAGUUAUAUUUAUUGAUGGCUA